AUGGAGGAGACGAUGAAAUCUAGUCACAUCGCUCGCUUCUCAUGGGAGAAGAAUGAUGACCAUGGCGAUGACUACACUGAUGACGCCCUAGAAUAUGCCGACAUUUUCUUUUUAGAUACAGCAGCAAAAAAAAUUGGGGGAAUUGAGAUUAUUCGCAUGGUGCAUGAGAUUAUGUUGGUUUUGAUUCGUGGUUUCCUAGAAAUUAUAAGGUCACUUUAUGAUCAGGAUCUACUUGCAGAAGAGACCAUUCUUAACUGGUUUCGUAAAGGAAUAGACCCAAAGGACAAGCAGAGCUUUGUGACGGCAUCAGAGUCCUUUGUAAAAUGGCUAGAGGAAGUAGAUGAAGAGGAAUAA